AUGGAGUCGAAUGCGAUAGACAAGCGUGAAGAAUUAAAGGAAGUAGACCUUGGAUCUACACUUGAAGAAACUUCUUACGAUAUUUUAAAUAAAAUGGAAACAUUUGUUUAUUUAAAUAAAACUGUGAUUGAUCAUAAUAUUGAGUCAAAUAAAACUUUGAUUGAUAAUUAUAUUAAUACACAUAAAACUGUGAUUGAUCAUGAUAUUGAGUCAAAUAAAACUGUGAUUGAUAAUGAUAUUAAGCCAAACGAAACUGUGAUUGGUCAUAUUGAGCCAAAUGAAACUGAAAUGAAGACUGAUAUCAUGUAA